AUGCAGAUCUUCGUUAAGACCCUCACUGGCAAGACCAUCACCCUUGAGGUUGAGUCCUCAGACACUAUUGACAAUGUCAAGGCUAAGAUCCAGGACAAGGAAGGCAUUCCUCCGGAUCAGCAGAGGCUGAUCUUUGCUGGCAAGCAGCUCGAGGAUGGCCGUACCCUAGCUGACUACAACAUCCAGAAGGAGUCCACCCUCCACCUGGUGCUCAGGCUCAGGGGAGGCAUGCAGAUCUUCGUCAAGACCCUCACUGGCAAGACUAUCACGCUUGAGGUCGAGUCUUCUGACACGAUCGACAACGUGAAGGCCAAGAUCCAGGACAAGGAGGGAAUCCCCCCGGACCAGCAGCGUCUCAUCUUCGCUGGCAAGCAGCUUGAGGAUGGCCGAACCCUCGCUGACUACAACAUCCAGAAGGAGUCGACUCUCCACCUUGUGCUCAGGCUCAGGGGUGGCAUGCAGAUCUUCGUCAAGACCCUCACUGGCAAGACCAUCACCUUGGAGGUGGAGUCCUCGGACACUAUUGACAAUGUGAAGGCAAAGAUCCAGGACAAGGAGGGCAUCCCCCCGGACCAGCAGCGUCUCAUCUUCGCCGGCAAGCAGCUUGAGGAUGGCCGCACCCUUGCUGACUACAACAUCCAGAAGGAGUCCACCCUUCACCUGGUGCUCCGCCUUCGUGGUGGUAUGCAGAUCUUCGUCAAGACCCUCACCGGCAAGACCAUCACCCUGGAGGUGGAGUCCUCUGACACCAUCGACAAUGUGAAGGCGAAGAUCCAGGAUAAGGAGGGCAUCCCCCCGGACCAGCAGCGUCUCAUCUUCGCUGGCAAGCAGCUUGAGGAUGGCCGCACCCUGGCAGACUACAACAUCCAGAAGGAGUCCACCCUUCACCUGGUGCUCCGCCUUCGCGGUGGUAUGCAGAUCUUCGUCAAGACCCUCACCGGCAAGACCAUCACCCUGGAGGUGGAGUCCUCUGACACCAUCGACAAUGUGAAGGCGAAGAUCCAGGACAAGGAGGGCAUCCCCCCGGACCAGCAGCGUCUCAUCUUCGCCGGCAAGCAGCUGGAGGAUGGCCGCACCCUGGCAGACUACAACAUCCAGAAGGAGUCCACUCUCCACCUGGUGCUCCGUCUCCGUGGUGGCCAGUAA